AUGAAAGAUACAAAGCCAAGACUUCUCAGAUGGAUCCUUUUGCUUCAAGAGUUUGACAUAGAAGUUGUGGACAAAAAGGGAGUAGAAAAUGGAGUUGCUGAUCAUCUCUCUAGGAUGCGAGUUGAAGACAUGAUCCCCAUCAAUGAUUCUAUGCCUGAAGAACAGCUUAUGGCAAUCAUGAUCUUGAAGGAGAGUUUUGAUGAGAAGGUCAGGCUGGAAGAAGUUAAGGCUCUGCGUGAUGAGAAUUUGCCAUGGUAUGCUGAUAUAGUGAACUUCAUGGUGUCCGGAGAAGUCCCUAGUAACUUUGAUGCUUACAAGAGGAAGAAAUUCUUCAAGGAUGCUAGGCAUUACUAUUGGGAUGAGCCUUACUUGUACAAGAGAGGACCAGACAGCAUUUACUGA